AUGACACAGUCAAAGGACGUGAAUGAGCGAACUGGAGCGCUCAACGAAGAUUGCCCCGUCCUCAAACUGCCGAACGAGCUUCUGGGUCACGUCGUGGAGGAGUUGCCAGCCCCGGUGUUCCAUGGCUCCCACUUCGAUGAAGAGUCGUACCCCGCCUUUGCACUCUCGCAUACGUGCAAAUUGUGGCGGGAGGUCGUGAUGUCCUAUCCACGAUGCUGGCGCUGGAUCCCGUGCGCCAACUCGCGCUGGCUGACCGAAGGAUUACGUCGCUCGCAGGGCGCGCUUUUACGCCUCCACAUCGACGUCGAAUACCACGUAGACUCCCUGAAGUCAAAUCUCGCCCUAUUGGCCGAGCAUACUUCGAGAGUCGAGUCGGUGACUGUCGGUGACCACCCUUACGGUACACGCCCGCUAGCACGGAAACGGGCUACCUUUCGGUCCAGCAGCAUCUCAGCGAUAUUGACGUUGCUCAGGUACCACGAUUUCGCGACAAUGAGAGAGCUUAUCAUGUAUCAAUGGAGGUUCGAACCCGAGGUCACGACGUUACCCACCCUGUUUUUGGAUAAGACCCCUCCUUUCUUGACACAUAUCGUUGUCUCUUGUGCCAGUCUGAGGCCUGGCCGCCGGCCGUUUCUGUCGUCAUCCCUCACGCAUUUCGAGAUCGUCAGGGGCUCGUUGGGAACAGAUGUGGAUGAUUUGAUUGAGAUACUCAAAGCCAUGCCACUUUUGGAGGUGUUCAUCGCCCGCGAGCGCGAUCGCCUGACCGGCACGUCAUUGCAUCGGCAGACCGUCCAACGCACGCACAGCGUGCCUCUACGCCAUCUAAGGCAGAUGACCUGCGAUGGCCCUUUUGAGGACGGCCUGAUAGCACUAGGCUUGCUAUCGCUGCCUCUGACUUGCUCGAUCAAUAUAUCGAACCGACCCCCGCACUGGGGCAAACCCUUCGUACGGUAUCCGACCAACUGGUCUACCGCGUUCGAUGCCCUGUCGGACCAUCUCUCAACUGUGCCUGCAACCGCGAUGUCCCAUCCCGCCUCCCGUAUCGACAUAUGUCAGCCUCAGGAUGGCGAUACGCCGUCAGUUGAAGCCUCACUAGAGAUACUCUACGUGCUCGAAACGGCCAACCCCGAGCCUGUAUCAAUCCAAGUCACCUGGUAUGCCGAAAAGGGCUCGAGGGAUACCACACAUCCAUCCUUCACUUCCGCGCUCGCUCCGCACCUCUUCGAUGCCGCGCACACACUUCGCGUGGAGUCUUCUUCAAGUUCGGCCUGA